UACGCGGACAGAAAGCCCCUACGACAGUGGGCUAUAAUGGAGAGCGUUCAUUAGGGGACAUCCGUUGUGGUGAUCCCAAAUGCUCUCUCUGUUUCCCGCAGAGGGGGGGAAUAUGACAAGGCAUUUGACCAGGACGGGAGAUGCGAUUCACACUGUUUCGGACACCCUCUUCUUCCUGUGAUCUGUCUGAACAGUCCGCCUGUGAGCCGCGGGGUGUACGAGACACGGGGCGCACAGCUCACAGCCGCCCCAGCCCAACUGUGGAUUGAACAAAACGGGUUCUUUCUGUAUCUUAUUUGAACCUGCUGAAAGUCUGUGGGUCUCCGGAGGGGAGGGUGGUCUUCAACAUGAGGGCUGCUUCAGCAAACUUAUUCGCACUUCUGUUCCUGUGCGCCGUCGCAAGUGUUUUCUACGUCUGGAGCGCGCUGGAGGACCGUUUGGAGCGACACAAACGGAGGUUACCGGGAGGGGGGUCUUUUCACCAAGGUCUCCCAGUGGACCUCUCCGGCAAAACUUUCCGGGUAUUGCUCGCUGUCCCAGCGGCACAAAGACCGCACUUGGGGAGCAGACUUGAGGCUCACAACCUCACUGAUCAAACAGUCUCUGCAGGAAAUCUAGAUUACCAUGUGAAUGGGGAUAACAAGGGGUCAGCUCAGCGGGAGGGCCCGGUCAAGUCAGACUCCCCGGUGGAGGAUGGGAUAUUUUGGAGUGAAUGGCUGGAAGGUCUCCUCCCUGUGGGCUUCAAGGAGGAAUAUGCUCGGUCUUGGCGAGACAGAGCCAGGACAUACCGGAUAGUGAAGCUGGAGCCUGGAUGCGGCAGGAUAUCUAACCAGCUCGCCACGUUCGCAGAUGGGACCAAAGCGUGUGUGCGUUACGGGAUAAACGCGGAUCAGGUGCAAGGAGAAACUUUGACGUAUUAUCUUGCCAGUUUGCUAGGCAUCACAAACCUGCCGCCGUUGAUACUGUCCCAGCUGAACGGUGAAAGUGAACAAUGGGCGGCGGUGAGAACGCGGAUAGAUGGUUUACAGUGGAGUGAUCGAGCCGUCGUUUCUCUCACUGAGUGGGUCUCCAACCUGACCGGGGUGGUCACACCGGCGCCGCUCAGACAGGAGAGCAGCGGGCUGCAUCCUGUGCUUGAGGGGCUCUGGAACAAGACGACGGCGGAGCUGCUGGGGCUGAUGCAGUGGACCGACCUGAUCAUAUUCGACUACCUGACUGCAAACUUCGACAGACUCGUCAGCAAUCUGUUCAGCCUGCAGUGGGAUUCUCGCGUAAUGGAGAGGGACACCAACAACCUCCUCAAAACACCCCGGGGUGACCUUGUAUUCAUAGACAACGAGGCCGGACUCGUGCACGGGUUUCGGGUGUUAAACAUGUGGGAGAAAUAUCACAAUACAGUAUUGAGCUCAGUUUGUGUGUUCAGGAAAAGGACCACGCAGCGCGUGGCGGAGCUGCACAGGCGCAGAGACUCCAGGAAAAGGCUGCUGGAGCUCUACAGAGACAGCGAGCCUUUGUCUCUAGAAUUGGGAUUUCUCUCAGACGAGCACGCUGGUGUUCUCCAGGACAGGAUAGACAGGGUAUACAAACACAUCUUGCAUUGCAAAGGAAAGUACGGCCAUCUGUGAACAUUCGGCACGCAGGUGAUUUGUUGCCUGCGCUCUGCAACUGGCACACCUGUGCUAAAGUGAUGCGCAUUACACACAGCUGUCUUGAAUAUCCAGCAGAACUACCUCUUGUGAAUAGAAUAUGUUGCCUACAUUAUAAAUAAGUAAAUUUGACACGUUUAUAAGCUCCCUGUUUAGAUUUCCACUGUCUGCCUCACAUAGAAGAAUGAUUAAGGCAAGUGUAUCCUGUCUUACUUCACUCCAACUGAUGCUCACCCGAAUAGUGUUAAUGUAAAGAUUAGGUUAUAUUUGUGACUAGGUUAUCUUAAUGCAUAUGUGUGUUUUGAUUCUUGACCUGUGUUCAAUAAUCCUAAUGAUAAACUCCUAAGCCUUAACAUAAACUUGACCCUUAAAUACUGGAUUUCUGUUGACACCUGGCUGGCUUUUUAUGGAAAAACAUUUGCACAGUACAUUGUCAUAGCAGCACCUGCACUCUUGUAAUUGUGUUUGGAUAGCAUAUUCAGCCUUAAAGUCACAGCUGUAUCAUAUCCAUUGUACAUGUUGUAAGUACGUUGUAAAUACUGUCUGCCAACUUGUUUUGGAUAUUUGAUCCUCCACUAAUUUAAGUGCAUUGUAACAUUCCAAAAUCUCUUGUCCUUUUUGAUAAACACACUGUAAUUUAA